AUGAACACCCGUACUCGCUCGACCGCUCGCCAGCAGCGUACAGACGACGGUACCACCGCCGCCGCUGCCAAGAAGAAAGUGACCAAGACAUCUCAAGCUCCUCGGAAGGCGCCUGCUUCUAAGUCCCCGCCCAAGCCGGGCAAGAAGCGUGGGCGAGUCACCGACGAUGAGGGCGAAGAUGUUGACGAGGGUCGCUUCAGCAAGAAGGACGAACAGCUUUUGAAGCAGCUAGAGCUCAAAAAACGCCAGUCCGAGAAGCAGAAGGAGGCGAAGCGUCGCUCAAGGAUACAGAAGACGGCUACCACGAUGACCCUUGAAGAGCAAGAGAGCGAUGAAGAUGCGCAGGAGGACCAACCUAAGCGCAAGAAAUCGAGGAACAUUGUGCCAUCGGAGGACGAUGAAGACCGGAGUGCUACGGACGGAAAGGUGGAGGGCGACGCAGCGGCGACCGAGGACGAGGAGAAUGAGUCCGCGGAGGAGGAUGAGCUGGAGCGAACCCCGCCGCAAGCUCAAGGCUCACGCACCGGCGGACCUGGGCGAGAUGUCAAGGGUAAAGGCAAGGCGAUGCCGCAAGACCAGGAUGUCGACAUGCGGGAGGGGGCGCACGAUGAGCGGAUGAGCGCACCGCUCCUGUCAGAUGAAGAGGAACAGGGCAUCGCCCACCGUCUAGGUUCUGCGACGACUGCCAAGGCCCCUUCCAAGACGAAGACUAAUCGUCACAAGCGCACGCAGGGCAAGACCGUUGGUGGCGGUGACAAGGAUGCUUCGGCAUCAGACGCGUCCAGUGGCCGCCGGGGAGACAAAGCUAAGACUAGCACUCGCCAUCGAACCAAUAAAUUAAAUUCUAGCGAGAGAAAGGACAAGGUACCGGCGUGGCUGGCUACGUCCGUCUCAGAGGACGAUGCGGCUCGCAGCGACCAUGGCGACAGGGCCGUUGAUUCGGGAGGGGACGGAGGAGAUGAGUCGGAAGGCGGGGGUGAUGAUGUCGUGCUUGUCAAGGCGCAGAAGGGCAAGGCAAGGCAAACCAAACCUAAGGCUGCCGGGGCAGCUCGCACACGAGGUCGAGCGCAGAUGAGAGACCUGCCUGACGAAGUCAGGUCCAUCGUUACCAAAGCUCACUCAUACCUCCGCCUCAGGAUUGCUCUCGAGCACGCUUGGACGUGGGAGAAGAUGACAAACAGCACCCUUUUACCGGAGAAAUACGUGCUCAUCAAGAGGGCGGUCAACGACGUUCGAGAACUAUGCGACGACGACGGGAAGCCUCUCAUGCACUUCGCCCUUGGGUUCAAGAAGCUGAACGGCGAUGGCAAUGAUGUCCUGAGAGUGAAUGUCUUCGAUGUGGUGUGGACCGCCGCGUCGCAGCUGCGCAACGAGUUGAAGAACAAGGCGAAGGUCGUUGUCGAGGAUGCUUAUGGCUUAAAUCAUUUGUCAGGUCCCAGGAAGGUCUCCGCCGCUUCAUUCCUUCUAAAGGGCAACGUGCAAGGUAAACAUACGAUGCCGAAUUUUAUCUUCAACAACAUCAGCAUAGUUUGGACGGGCGAUGAUGUGGAUGUGAAGGCUAGUCGUGUCAAUCGCAAGCAACCUUUCCAGCACAAGGCGAUCUUCCAGCUCAUAGCGGCACAAUGGUUCUACGCCGGCCAACGCGACUCGGUGAUCAAAGAAUCACAAGGAAGGUUUGCAGAGGUACCAGACAAUCUUCUGGCACUGGUCUGCAAUGCGAUUGAAAUGGGGUUAGCGGAUGUCGCCACGGGGACGCAGCAGUUCACGAACAGAGUGUACGCACCCAAGUGGGUGAACAUCAUCGGUGUCCUCCGGGACAUGAAGGACAAGGCGCCGAAUGCCUACGUGGCAUUGAGGCACUAUGUCUGGGCUAACGUCUCGGAACUUAUUCGUAAGGAUGAAGAGGCUGGGAAGAAGGGAGCCCUUACAUUGGGCGUUGGCGAUGAGGCUGACGACGAAGAGUUCGUCGCGUGGGAUGACAUUGAGGUUGUCGAUCUGACCGCUGAACAUUCCGGCGAGGCGUCUUCGUCGGCAACGCGAGGCAUUAUUGACGGUGGAAACAAUGGCAUGGUUGACGGUCCCGGCGAACUAAUAAUGCCGUUGCCAGCAAGCGUGACCGGAAAGUGA